AGCAAGUCUUGUUAGAAAGAAAAAUGGAGUUUCUAGUCAUUUUCACUACCCUAUCUUUCUGCCUCUCUAUGCUUCUACCAACACCUUGUGUUGCUAUGCACAUUCAUAAUGAGCAAGGCAAUGUUGAUGAAAUUCAGUUCCCCCUCUCUAUACUUCCGAGAAAGCUUAGAUUACUCUUUAAUGAGAAAGUAUUUGUUCAUGGUCGUGAAGGUCAUCACCGUCAAAGUUUUACUUCAAACAAUAAUCAAAAAGAAGAUGCAUCAUUUUCAGGAAAAGCACACAACAAGGAACAAAAUCUAAUAAUACAUGGAAAUAGAGGGACCAGGCAGGAAUGGAUGGAGGAGUUAGGACCCGACACAUCCCAAUAUUUUACAAUGGAUUAUUCCCAUGUUAAAAGAAGAAUUCCUAUACAUAACAAAGGCUUGCCGGUUGGUCCAUGAAACAUGGAUUAAUGGCUGCAAGACAAAAAUCUAAAUCCAUCUUAACUAGUACAGCACCAACAGUUUUGCCCUGAAACUAAGUACUCAUGUUUUUUGUAAUUAGGGAUAUAAUUAAAGGAGUGUAUGUUUUUGUUUUCUUAUUAUUAUGAUAAUGUCUCUUAUGGCAGAC